AUGGCGAUCCGCAGGUAUACCGCUGAAGAGCUCUACCACUUAAGAACAUCUCCCCUGGUCCAGAAGCCGGAUAACCUGCCCGCCAUCGAGCAAUGGAUAGAUGACGCCGCCCAACAGCAACAACAACAUCAACAACAACAGCAACAGCAAUCCCAACAACCCCAACAAUCCACCGCCUCCAAAAAGCUUCAGCGGCCAGGUUUGACGGCUUCGGCUUCGUUGGGGGAUGGGAGUCCGAUGGGCAGCUUCAGCACCGGGCAGCGGCCGGGCCUGUCACGGCCGGUGACUUCGAGGAACGGAGAAGACAUCUCCCUCGGCCCGCCGCGGACCAUGUUCCCCUCCAGCCGCAACAUCCCCAGGCUGGCAGACUUCCCAGAUCGCUCCGGGACCACGCCCGCCCCCGCCGAUGGCUCACACGCCGAAGAGGCCGAGACCGCCCGGAGCCGUUUCUUCGCCGAUCGCCAGCAGCGUCGGAUCACCAACGACAAGGAUGGACGAGAUGCUCGCGAGAGCUGGACCCGCGACCGUGAGCGCCGGGCGCUCGCUGGGGAUUCCGACGAUCACGGGCGAGAGAAGAGCGACCGACACGGCCGACAUGAGAAGGAUCAGGACGGCGAGCGGCGCAACGGCUACGGGGAGAGGCACGAUACGCGUUGGGGCGGCAGUCGCGAUGACAAACGCCACAACGGCGAACGGACCGGCGGCUGGCGUGAUCGCGAACAGCAGCGCCGCGAGCGAGACGGCGAUCGAGGCCACGUCGAAAAGGACCCCGAAUGGUUCGUGGAAGACGCCGUGGUCAAGAAAGACCAAGAGUUGGGCAUGGGGAUGGCUCGCACACAGGAAGACUUCCAGAAGUGGAAGGAGAGCAUGGGCAAGCCGAGGAAAGACCUCGAGAAGGAGGAGCCCCUCGAACCCGAGCCCGGACAGCAACAAGAACCCGAAGCGAGGCCGGCGAACGUCGCGCCCCUCAAGCUCGAUGGGUUCAAUCUGCCCGGGUGGGGAGCGAACGACGCAGCUGCAUCGACGGGCAACGCACCUGCCCCAACCACCAAACCGGGAUCAAAGGCCAAGGCCAGUCGGUUCGCAUCCAUGUUCAAGCCCGCGGAGGUGACCACCCCACCGCCGGAACCGUUCGUUGCUCCUCAGGCGCCUCCGGUCGAAGCGAGCGCUGAAGACAAGGUCGGCUUCAACCGUGUCCUGCAAAUGCUCGGCUCGACGAAGAUCGCACCGUCGCCGAACCCGACCAACGACCAAGCGCCCGCCUCGCCUCCCGCCAACAAGACGGGCUUCAACGGGAGGCCGAAAAGUCGAUUUACGGACCUCUUCGAAGCGCGUAGCCCGGAGAGGUUACAGUCGCCGCCGGAGAAUCCACUCCGCGGAGACGGCACGAAUAGCAGCAUCGGACGUCGGAUGGUGGACGAACCCGAGUACGCAGGUGUGUUCGAUCCCAUGCAGAUGCCGCGCGGGAUGAAUGCAAGGCAAGGUUAUCCGCCAGGGGCGACCAUGACCCCAGAAACCCCUGGGAUCCCAUUCAAUGCGCUGCGGGAACAGCAACCGCCACAGUCCCGGCCUGCUUCGGGCAGGAUCAACGAUUUCGGACCGAUGUUUGAUCCGCCAGCGCGAGGCGCCGCGACCCCGGACAACAACAUCCAGAACCUGCUCGCGCAACAGCAGCGAUCGCAGCGGACGGCAUUCGACAGCAACGGCAGCCAGCAGCUGCUGAACCUGCUGAAGACGGACGCCGCCCGGACGAAUGACAAACCCAACGACGCGCACCCUCCUGGGCAACAGAACUUCCCGCCGGAGCUGUUCCAGCGCUUCGGUCACGAGAACAAAACCCCCGCUGAGCCUCACGCCCCGAAACCGCGAAUGCCCAAUCAGCCUCCUGGACUGUUUGAAGAGCAGUUGAUGCGCAACUUUGCACAACAGCAACAAGAGCCGCAUCAACAUCAGCAGCAGCAGCAAUUACUGCUACAGCAAAUGCAAGAAAAUGCACAAUCCCAGCAACGACGGGCAGGCCAGCGCGCUCCCGGCGGCGCAGCCCCUCCGCCUGGGUUUUUCGACGAGCAACAAAUUCUACUACAACAGCAACAGCAGCAACUCAGGAGGAACUACGAGGUCCAGCAACAGCAACAUUUCCAACAUCAACCCCAGUCCAGUCAGGGCUCGAUCGGAGUCCGCCGCAUGAGCGGCGUCCCGCACAUCCCCCAGAUGGGCCCCCCGAUGCCGCAUCCCCAACAACAACAACAACAACAACCAUUCUACAACGGCCCACCACCUGGCGGAGACUUCGCCGGCGGCCCCCCACCCCCGGGCUUCAACCCGCACAUGGUCCGCCACCACCCUCCGGGCUUCCACAACCUCCCCGGCAUGUUCCAGCAGCAACAACAACAACAGGCGCAUCCGCAACCGCAGCAGCCCCGCAACGACCAGCUCCCCUCCCCGGCAGGCUUCCCCCCUCACCCGCCGCCGCCACAGGCCGGCAUGCCCCCGCCGGGCUUCUACGGCAUGCCCCCGCCCCAGGGACCCCCCCUGCCGCAGCAACAGCAGCAGCAGCAGCAGCAGCACAUGCGCGGACCCCCGCCGCCGCCGGGAGGAGGCGGCGGCGGUUACGGCGUGCAGAUCCUACCCCCUGGCAUCGGGGAGCCAGGCCGCCGUUAG